UAUUUGACAAUCAGUCCUGCUUUAUUGUCAAAAUAUAUAAAGUGGUCUUUAGUAUAUAUUAAUUACCCAACACUGUCGGGAGGCUUGGCUUAAGCGCCAGUCGCUGGCGACGUGCCGCUGAAAUAAUUAAGUUGCCAAUUCCGGCAAGAGAAUAUCAACAGCGGUUCAGAGACAGCCAGCGAUAUAGAUCAAGAUGGAAAUGGAAAUAAAGAAGGAUAGUGGCUUACACUUGGUGGCAUAGAUUUUCAAUUAGCCUGUCAGCCUGCCCAGCAGGCGCUGCUUCUAAAACAUUCCCCUGUAUUUUGUAUUUACUAAACGGAAACUCCGUAUUUUUUUCAACUCAGAAGUCAAAUCAUAAAGUCCAAGCUAAGCUCGGCCGACUUCAAAAUUCGACUUCAUCACUCGUCUUGGCAACAUGUCGUUUGCGUAAUAUCCCGAAAUAGCCCCAAGUGCUGUACCACAAAUAGAAAACAAACACAAACCCCAGCAAAUAGACAGCUUGUCGAACAUUUCGGUUGGCAGGAAAUGCGAGACAUUUCUCGAAUAUUACGCAUACGCACGGCUGGCAGCCACAACACCGCAACUGGGGCGUUUUCUGUGCAUUAGAUGUCGCCUCUGUUGUCCUGCUUUGCAGUCUGGACCAUUGGUCGCAGCCGUUGCACAAUGGAUGCGCAUUCAACAGCCGUUGCCAUCAUAGAUAUGGAACUGGAUUUUGACGAGGAUUUGAGUAAGGGUGUGGAUGAGCUUGAAGGCGAAGGCGACGCGUUCAAGGAAAAGUGUCAGGAUGGGGAUUUGCGUGCUAGGAUGCGACGUCUGCAGGCGGAUCAUGUGUGGAUCCGGCAGCAACUGAUGCACCUGCAACGCCGCCUGGUGACUCAGCAGCUGGACAGACAAAGACGCCUCUACGAGGGAAGGGAGCAGCUGCAGGGACUUUUGCGAAAGCUGCAGGUGAAAUACGAACGGAAUUGGGGACUGUAGGGAAAAUUCCGAAGACGUCACAAAACACAAUCAAUGUGGCAGGGUGGUAACUGAACUGCCUACACAAUUUGAGCAUGUUGAGGAAAUUUGAAUAUACAAAGCUGAUGAAUUGAAUUUUUCAUGAUGUUCUCAAACUCGGUUGGGUUAACCCAACACAUCCUCAAUUGUGCUGAAUAAUUUAUGGAUGAAUGUUUGUAUGACGAGAAUGUAAUUGAAAUUUAAAAAAUGCUGCAUAAGAUACUUAAGCGUGUUGAAAUGUCGGAUUUGCCUCUCAACACUUCAAAAAUAUAUUUUAUUAUUUAGGUUGAGCAACUGA